CUCGCUUCCUCCAUCUACGCGUGCGCCGCCAACCCCGCCGCAUAACCAAAUCAAUCCCCGACCCACGGCGAGCGUCGGCAUGGACGAGGAGAGGACGGAGGCGUGGUGGGGCCGGCGCGCGUGGGCGCUGCUGUCGGCCGUCCGCGAGCGGGCGCCGCUGGUGCAGUGCAUCACCAACCUCGUCUCCAUGGACAUCGCCGCCAACGCCCUCACCGCCGCCGGCGCCUCCCCCGCCAUGCUCCACUGCCUCCGCGAGAUCCCCGACUUCACCCCGCGCUGCGACGCUGUCUACAUCAACGUCGGAACGCUCUCCGAGGACUGGCUUCCCUCCAUGCGCGCCGCCGCCUCAGCCGGCCGCCCCUGGGUGCUCGACCCCGUCGCCGUCGCCGCCUCCGGCUUCCGGAUGGAGGCCUGCCUCCAGCUCCUCGCGCUCCGCCCCGCCGUCGUCAGGGGGAACGCGUCCGAGAUCCUCGCCCUCGCCUCCAGCUCAGACAGCUCCUCCUCCUCCUUCAAGGGUGUUGACAGUUCACAUGACUCAGGGGAGGCCCUGCAAGCCUCGAAAGCAUUGGCACGGUCCAGCGGGGCCGUCGUCGCGGUAUCUGGAGCAGUUGAUUUCAUCACGGAUGGCGAGCAGGUUGUCAGCGCGAGCAACGGCGUGGCCCUGAUGCAGAAGAUCACGGCGACAGGGUGUGCCGUGACUGCUCUUAUAGCGGCUUUUGUCGGGGCGGAUCCCUCUGAUGCUCUGGCUGCAACAGCGUGUGCUCUUGCCAUCUUUGGGCUUGCCGGAGAGAUUGGGAUGGAGUCGGCUAAAGGGCCUGCCUCUCUCAGGAUGCACCUCAUCGAUGCUCUCUACGGGCUCGACGAGCAGACAGUCACAUCAGGGGUCAAAAUUGCCCUAGUGCUGUAACACGUGUCUACCGUGGCUACUAGUGUUUAGGAAAUAUAAUGUCUGGGGUGAUCUGCAGGGUCCUGGAAAACCAUUAAGCGUAUCAGAUCGUAUUGAUUGUUGCCAUCCAUAUUUACAUGCCCCAUGAAUAAAUUGCCUGGUGACCAUCCAUCCACAUCCAGGCUGUACUAACUACCAAGUACAUAUUUGUGAAUGCUGAUGCCAAAAAGGUUUUGCACUGUUGUGUGACAGCACGGCUGUAGAAGCAAGGGUAAAGUCACUCUGGUCAUUUGUUCAGAGUUUUGAAAUAAAUUGUAAAAGUAAAUUCAUCAUCCAGAUCAGUUGAUCCAGCAGGCAUAUCUGCUAUGUGAAACUGGAGAUUGAUCAAGAAGUCUCUUCAACAUAAACUGUAUUCGGAUUUUGGUGCUCUUUGGCUGCAGCAGAGCGAGCUGAACGGCUGUCGCCACGGGGCUGGGGCCUGGGGGCAUGUGCUUGUGCAGUGUGUAUGCUCACAUCCUCUGUUUUCUCAUGACCUAUGGCCUCUCUAUUCCUCAACUGAGAUACAUGUGUUGAUUGGAUCAUGCUAUGUAACAAAGCUGAUCAUGGAGAUGUAAUCAAUCACAUUGAACUCAAACGUGUUGGAAUAUUGACUUCUGGGUGAGAGAGUUGCAGGGGAUUCAUGGAAUGCCAGGUCUGAUAGUAUAUAUGCAUGUUUCGGUCUGCAAUGAUAUCUGAGAAGAAAUAACGCUGAAACUAACUGGUGCUUUGUAGCGUUAAACACUCCAUUUUCAUCUGCAACUCGGCACAUCACCAAAAUAGUACUCCCUCCAUCCCAUAAUAUAAGACAUUAUUACCUCAUUUGAUUUUCUCUGCCGCCAUCACCUAGCAAUCUUUUAGAUGACAUUAUAUAGACAUUACAUCGACUCGGAGGAUCAGAAAUGAACAGAAUGCUGUCGACAGUCACAUGAAGUAGUUGCCUCUGCUUGUCAGUUUCAAAUUCAAAUUUGGGGUCUUUGUUUGGUCACAAGAUCCAUAUGUCAUAUUAGUAUGUACAAUCUCAUGUUGCUAACUGACUACUUCAUGUGCAUUCUGUGACCCGUUCGUACUAUAGUUCUAUAUGUUGCUCAUGCUUUAGGUGUUCAUCAAACUUGGAGUUAGAACAUCAGCUUAAUUGAACACAUUGAUAUGAAUUUA